AAAACGUGGAUACCAGAAGCCAAUCAGAACUCAAAGAAAUCUAAAGCUCCCUCCACCCCCAUAUAUCUUUGGCCCCAACCCAUCACCCGGUCAAUACUUUCCCACACCAACCCCACCUCCUCCUCGAACACCAUCACCACAAGCUCUCAUAGGCCUCUCCUCCUCCUCUCUCUUUCCCUCUCCAAAAUUCUAGGGUUGGAGUUUGGGCAUUGUCUCACCUGAAUUGUUUUCUCGUGCCUGAAAAAUGGCUGUUUCGAGCGGGUUUGCAGGGGUCAAUUUCGAGACUCUUCUCAUCAGCAGCAGCGCAGCGACCGCCUCAUCAUCGUCGUUAUCUACGCCGAAUCAAAUUUGGGUUUUCUGCAAACCAGCUCGAACCAGAAGAAACAGCCUGGUUAAGAAAAAUGGUUGGGGUUCAUCGUCAAACCCUGCGAUCAGGUGCGAGAUUGCUGCGUCGGAUGUCUUGGUUCAGACCACUGACAAUUCCAAUUCGGCUUCUUCUUCCUCUUCUAGAUCUUCCAGUCUCUCUGCUCUCGAACUGCUCAAGACAUCUGCAGCUGACAGGUAUACUAAGGAAAGGAGCAGCAUUGUAGUCAUUGGGCUUAGUGUGCACACUACACCUGUUGAAAUGCGUGAAAAACUUGCCAUUCCUGAAGCAGAAUGGCCACGAGCUAUUGGGGAGCUUUGCAGUUUAAACCAUAUAGAAGAAGCUGCUGUUCUUAGUACCUGCAACAGGAUGGAGAUAUAUGUUGUUGCUCUAUCUCAGCACCGUGGAGUCAAAGAAGUGACUGAAUGGAUGUCAAAGACAAGUGGGAUCCCUGUUUCAGAGAUUUGUGAGCACCGAUUUUUGCUCUACAACAAAGAUGCUACACAGCACCUCUUUGAGGUAUCAGCAGGGCUAGACUCCUUGGUAUUAGGGGAAGGUCAAAUCCUUGCUCAGGUCAAACAAGUUGUCAAGGUUGGGCAAGGAGUUGUAGGCUUUGGGAGGAACAUCAGCGGGCUGUUCAAGCAUGCAAUCACCGUUGGAAAGCGGGUCAGAACUGAGACAAACAUUGCAGCAGGGGCAGUUUCUGUUAGCUCUGCUGCUGUGGAACUUGCCUUGAUGAAGCUUCCAGAAUCUUCGCAUGCCACUGCUAGGAUGUUGGUGAUUGGAGCAGGCAAGAUGGGGAAGCUAGUGAUCAAACACUUGGUGGCCAAAGGAUCCACAAAGAUGGUUGUUGUAAACAGAUCGGAGGAGAGAGUUGCAGCUAUCCGUGAGGAGCUAAGCGAUGUUGAGAUAGUCUACAAACCCCUUGCAGAAAUGCUAGCAUGUGCUGCUGAAGCAGAUGUAAUUUUCACCAGUACUGCAUCAGAAACCCUAUUGUUCUCAAAAGAACAUGUAAUGGUCCUUCCGCCUGUUGGUUCAGAUGUUGGGGGUUUGAGGCUUUUCAUUGAUAUCUCCGUGCCUAGGAAUGUGGGGUCUUGCGUUGACAAUCUUGAGACGGCACGAGUUUAUAAUGUGGAUGAUCUUAAAGAGGUUGUGGCUGCCAAUAAAGAGGAUCGGCUGCGGAAAGCAAUGGAAGCUCAAACAAUAAUUACUGAGGAAUCAACACAAUUUGAAGCUUGGAGAGAUUCACUGGAGACAGUUCCCACUAUCAAGAAACUAAGGGCGUAUGCUGAAAGAAUCAGAGUUGCAGAACUGGAAAAAUGCUUGUCAAAAAUGGGUGAUGAUAUCUCAAAGAAAACAAGAAGGGCUGUGGACGAUCUUAGCCGGGGAAUAGUAAACAAGCUCCUUCAUGGUCCAAUGCAGCACCUGAGAUGUGAUGGGAGUGACAGCAGGACUUUGAGUGAGACCCUUGAGAAUAUGCAUGCUCUAAACAGAAUGUUCAGCCUUGAGACUGAGAUAUCAGUGUUGGAACAGAAGGUUCGAGCUAAGGUGGAGCAAACCCAGAAGUAAGCCCCCAUGCAAAAAUUCUCUCACUACGCUCCUUUCACUUCUUGAAUCUGAAUAAGAGGAAAAUUUCCUCACAUUGUCCUUGGUUUUGUUACUUGUAAAGCUUUCAUCGAACAGAUAAACGGAAUAAGGUCCCGUUUGGGGAUCUUUCCUGUUCAUUAAGUGUUGUCCGAAACUUGAGUCACUUUUAUUCAAAAUUUCCCUGGAUGUCUGCAGUGUAAUCGGCCAUUCGGAUUGUAGAAUAUAUGGGGUAGAAUGAGGUGAGCCUGAUCCAUGUAACGGACCCAGUUUCUGCGGCUGUUUGUGAAACCCUGAUAGUCCUUGUAAUUAAUAUACUGAUUAUUUUGACAUUUUGAUUGUUUUCAAUGUCUGACUUUGUUGCGAAAUUGUUCUAUCUCAAUUUGUUCUAAUGAUAUGUACGUUUU